AUGACACAUAACGCAAAAACAAUCGAAGAAUUAUUUACCAGUGCUGCUUCUUUACGAAUAAGCCAAAAAAGGAGAGGAGAUGACCGCUAUAAAGGAGAUGCUGGAUACUGGGAUGGUGGUCGUUGUGAAUACGGAGGAGCUCAUAAUCUCCAAGAAGACUGCCAAACCUUGGCUAAAUUCUUCGAUGAUAUUACAGAACUAAAAAAUGCUAAAGUGAAGUUGACAACUUUUAACAACCAAGCAGAGUUUGAAAAGAAUAAACAAAACUUACUCAGUAAAGUUAACCAAGCACUCGGCGGUUUGCAAAUGAAAACAGAUGAUUUUCGCCGGGAGACAGAAGCCUUGAAGACAGAUAUUGAGAAAGUUGCUUAUAGUGAAGCCAAGGAAUUACAGAAGUUAAAUCAAGAGGAAAGGAAAUUACAAAAAGAGAUAGAAGAAAACGAAAGAAAGGCUAGGAAUGAAACUGAUCCAGACAAAAAGAAGAAACACAUUAAUGACUUUAUACAAGCAAUAAAAGACAAAUUAGAAAAUAAACCUCCAAGGCAGAAAAAACAAAUCCCUGGUUCUAAUGGCACUGAUCCUUUCGGUAGUUCGGGAUCCAAAGCUCCCAAUCCCCUCAACCCUUUCCAAACUGACCCUAACUCUAACCCUAAUCAAAACUUUUUCCAAAACAAACACCUAAUCAUCAUUACUGCAGAACUUAAGAACAAACUUGGUGAAUACACUAAGGAACUAGAAAAGAAACCUGAACCUAGAGAAUUAACUGAGGCUGAACGGAAAAGAAUAGAAAAUCUUGCUGAGGAGCGAAUAUUAAAAAGAGCUGAAUUUUUAAUUGUCGCAGUAAUCUUUUACUUCAAUAUUUACCUACCCGAACAACAAAGACAACAAUUAGAAAUGCAAAUUCAAGAAACCAUUAACAAAACUGAAGGCAAUCCUAUUCAACAAGAAGCCUUAGAAAAUCAAAAAGAAAACUUAGAUAAGGCCAUUAACUGA